AUGGCGCAGAACCUGAAGGACCUGGCGGGGCGGCUGCCGGCAGGGCCGCGCGGCGUCGGUACCGCCCUCAAGCUGCUGCUGGGCGCCGGCGCCCUGGCCUACGGUGUCCGCGAGUCUGUCUUCAUCGUGGAAGGUGGGCAGCGGGCCAUCUUCUUCAACCGCAUCGGCGGCGUCCAGCAGGACACCAUCCUUGCCGAGGGGCUGCACUUCAGGAUCCCCUGGUUCCAGUACCCCAUCAUCUACGACAUUCGAGCCCGGCCGCGGAAGAUCUCCUCUCCCACCGGCUCCAAAGAUUUGCAGAUGGUGAACAUUUCCCUGCGUGUUCUCACACGCCCCAAUGCUGCAGAGCUGCCCAGCAUGUACCAGCGCCUGGGCCUGGACUACGAGGAGCGAGUCCUGCCUUCCAUCGUUAACGAAGUGCUUAAGAGUGUGGUAGCCAAGUUUAACGCUUCACAGCUCAUCACUCAGAGAGCCCAGGUGUCUCUGCUCAUCAGGCGAGAACUGACAGAGAGAGCCAAGGAUUUCAGCCUCAUCCUGGAUGAUGUGGCUAUCACAGAGCUUAGUUUCAGUCGUGAAUACACAGCAGCUGUGGAGGCUAAGCAAGUGGCCCAGCAGGAGGCACAGCGCGCACAGUUCCUGGUGGAGAAGGCCAAGCAGGAGCAGAAGCAGAAGAUUGUUCAGGCUGAAGGGGAAGCUACAGCUGCCAAGAUGAUAUCCUGCCUUGGGAAAUUUUGUGUGAUGUGGCUUAUUGCCAGCUCACAAAACCGUGUGUAUCUCACAGCAGAUAACUUGGUACUGAACCUGCAGGAUGAGGGCUUCACCAGGUAA